ACACGCUAAUACAAUAACAAAGACAAUCUAUCUAUCAAUAUUUCAGCAUCCUCUAUUCAAUAUUCAUCCAACGUUCUAUCUCGUUUUUUCCAAAAAGCAGUAGAAACAAUCUCGAUAAAACGUAAUUAUGAGUCAACCACCAGCAUUUGGCAAAGCUCUGAAGGAACAAGAAUUUUAUUUAAGUACUGACGAUGUCCUUUUGAACAAUGGUUCUUUCGGGGCUGCCCCUAAGAAAGUUAUUGAAGCGAAAAGACAGCACGAAUUAAUUAUGGAAAAUCAUCCAGAUGCAUGGUAUAUUAAUGGAAACGUGAGAAAUGAAGCCUACAAUACGAGUCUUGAGAAGUUAGCUAACUUUGUCAGAGCUGAAAAAGAAGAUAUUGUCUUUGUUGAGAAUGCAACAAGAGGUGUUAAUGAUGCUCUAAAAUCUUUAAAAUUGCAAGCUAACGACGGUAUUCUUUUGAAUAACUUUUCUUAUUCUUCGAUCAAAAAUAUUGCCAAACAACAAAGCGAGACUCUCGGAGCUAUAGUGCACUCUUUGGACAUAAAAUUCCCUAUCCCAACUAAAGAGGAAAUCGUUAGACAAUAUACCGAAUAUAUGGAUGCUCAUCCCGGAAUAAAAGUAGCGAUAAUCGAUCAUAUCUCUUCCAUUCCAUCAAUUCUUUUCCCUCUGAAAGAGCUUACUACCGAAUGUAGAAAUCGUUCCAUUAUAACAAUCAUAGAUGCUGCUCACGGACCAAAUCAAGUAGAUUUAGAUGUACCAAGUUACGAAGCCGAUUUCUACAUUGGGAAUCUUUACAAAUGGGGUCUAACGUGUCGAGGAUGCGCUUUUCUUUGGACUGCUCAAAGUCAUAAGGAGAGGAUUUUCCCGGUCGUCACAUCAAACAAAUACAAGGAACCGUAUCCGGGAGAUUUUGUUUGGCAGGGAACUCGGGAAGAAGGAGCAUUUACGGCCGCUUUUGCCGCCUUCGAUUUUAUCGAUUGGUUAGGAAGGGCGGCGAUAAGGGAUUACACGAAAAGUCUGGGUGAUUGGACCGUACAGGAGCUAAGUUCUGCUUGGGAAACAGAAGAAAUCGGAUUGGGUGAGGAUUUAAGAGCACCGUGCCUUAGAUUGGUUAGAAUUCCCGAUACGAAAGCAUUCCCUAAAUCUAUAAUUGGGGCAACUUUAUUGGGGAUGGCUCUAAGAGAAGACUAUAAAAUCCGGGUUCGCCUAUUCUUUCUCGAGCAGCUGGUAAGCGUAACCGUACUAAUAAAUGCAAUAACAGUCAACUUUGUUCAACUUGUUAUUUAUCUUUUCAUAGUUUCUUGAUACCCAUGCAAUAAAAGGUCGAAGUUUAUAGGCUGAAAAAAAUAGUAGGAAAGGAAAGCGUACAAAUUCCUUUCAUAAAAUUCAUUAUUUUUAUUUCAAUCCACCCAUUUGUCAUCAUUUAAAAAGAAGUAUUCUCAAGUAACAAGUACCAGCAUGUUCACCUUUUUAACCUCCCCCAUCCCUUCUUAUUGAAUUUAAUAGUGAUUUUAAUAGGAAAAAUAGUCUAAAAGUUAAUGUAAGGUUAAGUACGUCUAAAAUCCAAUAAUAAUUCGAGAGUACGUUAGCGCGAGCGGAUUAGGGAGAAUUAGGUAGAUUAGCGAGUGACAGUCUUUGAGAUAGUUUCCUAUUACCAUUUUCAUGGCAUACAGAUCUAGUGAAAAGGUUUAAUUUACAUAAUAAGAUAUUAUUGAUUAAAAGAUCCUCCUAUUCUUUUUGAAUAGUAUCACUUUUAGUCUAAAAAGGUUAAACGAAUGCAAGGUUGAGAAAGGGGGCGGGAUAUUUCGUUAAAAAUAAAACAAAAAGAAAAGGGCUAGAUUUCGACAGAUGGAUGUUCACUCAAAAUGAUGACCGCCAGCCGAGUGGGCGUGUGAAAAAAAAGUGCGGUAAACUUUCAAAUUAAACACAAAAGUGUCCUUAAACGUUACAUUCUUUAGAGCAGAUGUCAGCAGCAUUUUAACGACAAAUAACGUUUUUAAUUAAUUUAUUACACACUCCCUCUCUCAACAGAUUAAUUACUUUGCCGUGUUAACUACAAUGUAAAUACUAUACUCUCUUUCUUUCUACUUCAGGAAGAAAUUUACGUUCGUAUAAGUCUACCGUGUUAUGUAGAUAGGGAGGAUAUUAACAAGUUAAAAGAAGCCGUUUUGGUCCUUAAAGAUAUUGAACCGGAACCAGAAAAGAUGAGCAUUUUGAAGCAGCUGGUUGAAAAAGAAAAAGACGUUUGCUACUAAAACAGCCUUUGUAUUCUUUCGUAGAGCUCGAUCUCUUUUCCUUCUACUCUUGGCACGAUAAUUAGUAGUCAAUAAAACCACAGAUAUAAGAUGAUUAACUCAGUGUUUCUUUUCUUCAUGCUUUAAUUGGUAAUUAAGCAUUCUAAAUAAAUAAAGAUUUGAUUAUUGAUAAAAAUAA